AUGUUUGUGAGUCGAGUUCGACAUGGCGUCCAGAACUAUACAAGAUUUAAAUGCAUCAGAGAUGGAUCUAGGUCUUUAUCAACCCUUGAUUCUCUUGAUCAUGAAGAAAGACUCCGCGAUUGUUUGUCAUCAUUACCUUCUAGCGCAAGGGUUGUAAUAUGCGGCGGUGGUGUUAUGGGAGCUGCUGUUGCCUAUCAUCUUGCAAGAAGAGGAUGGGGCCCCCAUACUGUAGUUAUAGAAAAAGAAAAAGUUGGUGCUGGCAGUAGGUGGCAUUCCUCAGGUCUUGUUGGAGCCUUUAAGCCAACUCUUGCUCAAGUUCGUAUUGCUCAAUCUUCUAUAAGGCUCCUAGCAGAUUUGGAAUCACAAGGAAGACCCACUGGUUGGAAACAAUGUGGAUCACUGCUCCUGGCUCGAACCAGGGACCGCAUGACCGUCUAUAGAAGAAUGAAAAGUCAAUCAGUCUCCUGGGGCAUUGAUUGUGAACUCGUCAGUCCUAAGAGAUGUCAAGAUAUAUGGCCAAUGCUGAAUGUUGAUGAUGUCCUUGGCGGUCUAUGGAUACCAGGGGAUGGAGUGGGAGAUACUCAUCUAUUUUGUAUGUCCCUAAUGAGGGCUGCUGUGGAAAAUGGAGUUGGUGUUAUGGAGGAUUGUUCAAUAAAGGCUGUACACUCUAAAGAUGGUAAGGUAUCUGGUGUAGAUACCACAAGUGGUUCAAUUGAAUGCCAGUAUUUUGUUAACUGUGCUGGAUUUUGGGCUAGACAGAUUGGACAGCUGGCGAAGCCACAAGUCAAAGUCCCCUUGCUUCCCUGCGAACACUACUAUUUGCAUACAAAGCAGAUUGAAAACUUGAGUCCUAUGAUGCCAGUUGUCCGUGAUCCAGAUGGCUACAUCUACCUACGAGAGAGGAAUGGCUGUAUACUGGCUGGUGGUUUUGAACCAAUUGCAAAACCAGUGUAUGAGGAAGAAAUUCUCAAUGCAGCCCAACGGUGUGUCGCUGAAGAUUGGGAUCAUUUCCACAUUUUAUUGCAAGAAUUGCUGAAACGUGUUCCCAGUCUUAAUCAGGCUGUUUUACACAAACUCUGCAAUGGACUCGAGGCUUUUUCACCGGAUUGUAAAUGGAUCGUAGGCGAAUCACCUGAGAUGGCAAACUACCACGUUGCUUGCGGCAUGAAGACAGUUGGGAUAUCAGCAGCGGGAGGCGUCGCUGAAGCUACUGUAGAUGAGAUCGUUGAUGGAUAUUCAAAAUAUGAUAUGUACGAACUAGAUAUAAACAGAUUUCUCGGUCUGCAUAACAAUAAACGGUUCCUGAGGGAUAGGAUGAAGGAAGUUCCGGGUGUUCAUUAUGGGUUGCCGUACCCAUUUUAUGAAUUCGAAACUGGGCGGAAUCUUCGACUGUCUCCAAUUUAUCAAACCCUAAGGGAUAAAGGUGCUACGUUUGGGCAAGUGAUGGGAUAUGAAAGACCAACUUGGUUCGAACCAGUCGAUACAAGCACCGAUUCUGAUAAACCAAGACCGUUUAAAAUAGCUCAUACAAAAACAUUUGGCAAACCACAUUGGUUCGAUACGGUGCAAAGCGAAUACUGGUCCUGUCGCGAAUCAGUAGGCUUAGCUGAUUAUUCUUCGUUUACGAAAAUAGACAUACAGUCCCAAGGAACCGAAGUUGUGGAUUUACUUCAAUAUUUAUGUUCAAAUGACGUGAAUGUUCCAAUCGGCAGCAUCAUUCAUACUGGAAUGCAAAAUGAACGAGGCGGCUAUGAGAAUGAUUGCAGCCUUGCCAGAAUUGCAGAGAAUCAUUACAUGAUGAUAGCACCAACAAUCCAACAAACUAGGUGCAAAGUUUGGCUUCAAAGACAUUUGCCUAAAAAUGGUAGUGUGACUUUAUCUGAUGUCACUUCAAUGUAUACAGCUAUUUGCAUAUUAGGACCAUUUACUAGAAGUCUCCUGUCUGAAUUGACGGAUACAGAUUUAUCGCCAUCUAAUUUUCCAUUCUUCACAUUUAAAGAGCUGGACGUGGGCCUAGCUAAUGGUAUUCGAGCGAUGAAUUUGACCCAUACUGGGGAAUUGGGUUAUGUUCUAUAUAUCCCAAAUGAGUUCGCUCUCCACGUUUACCAUCGUUUGUUGACCGUUGGCGAGAAGUUUGGUAUAAGACAUGUUGGGCACUACGCAACUAGGGCGCUGCGUGUUGAGAAGUUUUUUGCCUUCUGGGGACAAGACCUCGACACUAUGACCACGCCAUUAGAAUGUGGACGAACUUGGCGCGUCAAAUUCGAUAAAAAUAUACCAUUCAUCGGCCGUGACGCCUUGCUACGUCAGAAAGAAGAAGGUAUAAGGAGACAAUACGUACAGCUCCUGCUGACAGAUCACGACCACGAGAUGGAUCUGUGGUCGUGGGGCGGUGAGCCGAUAUACAGGGACGGUGAUUACUGCGGACAAACUACUACCACUAGCUACGGAUAUACCUUUAAGAAACAGGUCUGUCUGGGCUUCAUACAAAACUUGGAUAAAAAUGGUAUGGAACAAAGGGUUACUAACGACUACGUUCUCAGUGGGCACUAUGAAAUUGACAUCGCUGGCAUACGUUAUGCAGCGAAAGUGAACCUUCAUUCACCAAAUUUACCUACCAAAUAUCCGGACAAAGAGCGAGAUGUUUACCAAGCAACUAGAAAACAACACGAACAUCAAUAUAUGGGGCGUCAUUAUCAGCCUUAA